AUGAAAAUAAUUUCAGUGGCAAGUGGAAAAGGCGGCGUGGGCAAGUCAACCAUUGCAUAUCUCUUGGCAACACAUGCAAGUAAAACAAAAAAAACACUUCUUCUAGAUUUUGAUAUAUGUGGGCCAAGUGUAGGUGUUCUUAUGGGGCACACAACAGAAAAGGUUCUUAUGCAAGAGAAGGGAUUUAAGCCAAUAGAAAAGACUCCUACACUCUUUUAUCUAACAAUUGCUGCAAUGAUACCAGCUAAUUCUGCUGUUGUAUGGAGAGCACCAAAAAAAAUAUCUUUAUUAAAAAUGUUCUUAGAGAGUGCAUCAUUAGAAGAAUAUGACUAUUUAAUUAUAGACAUGCCACCAGGUGUAACAGAUGAACAUGAUUUUUUAUGUGAACAAGUACCAGAUGCAAAUAUACUUAUUGUAACAACCUCACAGAAUCUAGCACUGGAUGAAGCAGCAGACUCUAUAAAAAUGUUCCAAAAUAGAAAUAUGUAUAUUUUAGGUCUUAUAGAGAAUAUGAGGCUACUUAAGUGCCCUAACUGCCAUAAUUGCACUGCAAUAUUUUCUAAACGAGGCGGAGAAAUGCUGUGUGAUGAUUUAAACAUUAGAUAUAUAGGGCAUGUUGACUACAUACCAGAAAUAGAAACAAAUGAUGUUAUGAGUAUAUCAGAGAUAUUUUCUUCUGUUUUGUCUUAUGUACAGUAGAAUAAACAAGAAUAUUUAACGAACUCUUUGUUUUUAGCACAAAAUAUCUGAAAUUUAAUUUGGUUAGUUUCUAUCCUAUAGUAACAUAGAAUAAGAAUGGAAGUUGUAUCUUAGAUAUACAAUAUCGGCAUGAAAUGUGAUA